GGCAUUUGCUCGUGUAAUGACAACUUCUACGGCCGGCGCUGUGAGUGCGACGCCAAGGAAGCGAAUCCCGCCGAAGAGGAACAGUCGUGUAUUCACGGCAAUGACACCAAAGUGUGUUCAGGAAGAGGCGUCUGCAGAUGUGGUGAAUGCGAGUGUUAUAAACGCGAAGCGCCCGAAGAGGUGACGGGAAAGUACUGCGAAUGCGAUAACUUUAGUUGCGAUCGAAAUGACGGCAAAGUGUGCAGUGGUCCGGAUCACGGCAAGUGCGAGUGCGGCACCUGUCUGUGCAACGAUGAUUGGACCAAAUCCGACUGUAGUUGCAAGAAGUCCAACGAGGACUGUGUCGACCCCCGCACUAACAAGGAGUGCAAUAACAGAGGGACGUGUAAAUGCGGUCAAUGCCAGUGUGAGGCCAAAGGUGACGAACAAUACACGGGACAGUACUGCGAGGACUGCCCCACAUGUAAAUCUCAGUGCGAAAUAUACAAAGAGUGCGUUCAGUGCCGUAUCCAUCAGAGCGGGCCCUUAGACGAGGACGCGUGCAAUCAGUGCUCCAUAAACCCGAUCGGAACCUCUGAUUUCGAUGUGACAGAAGGGGAACAGUUGUGUGUCUUCAUCGAUGACGAUGACUGCAAAUUCCAAUUCAAAUACAAGUACGAAGAGAAAGAGGAUGUCAUUUACGUGGUCGCCCAGAACACCAAGGACUGUCCCGAACCCGUCGAUGUCUUGGCCAUCGUUAUCGGCGUCAUCGUCGGCAUAGUUCUCAUCGGUUUAGCACUUCUUCUCAUUUGGAAACUCUUGACAACAAUUCACGACAGAAGAGAAUUCGCCAAAUUCGAGAAGGAGAGGAUGAUGGCGAAGUGGGACACGGGCGAGAAUCCAAUCUUCAAACAGGCGACCACUACCUUCAAGAACCCCACAUAUGGUGGCAAACAGUGAUAAUAAUGAGCGAAGU